AAAAACGUUUCCAUUCAGAAAAGGAUCAAGAACAAGAAUGCACUGAUCUAUUGAUUGAAAAACAAACAACUGUGAUUGAAUAAUAAGCCUUUUCCAUGAUGAGUAUUCCAGAUCUGAAAUGCACUGCCUGGAAGCAUGAUGGAGGCAGGUUUUUUUGAGGUAUUCAAGAGGGCAUUAGGUGAUUUAUAGUGAAAAGGUAGAAGAACGGCAUAAAGUCAUGAUUAUCAUUUAUGGGUAGAAUGACCUCCUCCUGCACAGGAGGUCAAAGGUCUGAUUCUAACCAGACUUUUUCCAUUGUUUGCAUAACCAAAUGAAGGUUUUCAAAGUAAAGGAAAUGCAUAAUUUCAUUAAAUGUGUCUGAUUUUACUGCUGGUGGCAGAGUCCUGGAGAAUUCAAGCCAGUUCCAGAUGUUUAGCAGCUUUCAGGUUGCAAUGGAUUCGAUUAUCUCUGAGAGGAGUGAGUGAAGUUGGGAUCACUGAGGGCUAUAUCCUUUGCUGCAGCCCGGGAUGUCCCAGCCACCGAUAGGUCGGCGAAGUGCGCGCGCACGCUACUCGUCACCGUACUGCAGCUGCGCGCUCAGUUUGUUGCUAGGAGACUGUCAACUGACCGGAGCCAGAGACAGCGACCAGGACAGGGACAUAUUCAGCUACAGGCAGAGAGACAACAAACCGGCCGCAGAGAUGAUGGAAAUAGUGUAUGUCUAUACUAAAAUACGGAGCGAGUUUGGGCGGCAGUGCAAUUUUUCAGAUCGUCCAGCAGAGCUACAUGUUGAUAUUGUCCCGGAUCCAUCAUUGGCAGAAAACUUCAUCGAGAAAAAUCCCGUUGAUGUGUUUGUACAAGUUUCAAAGGACAUGUCUGAACAUGAGGUCAAUACAGAACGUUUUAAGACAGAGUCUCGAGGGAUUAACCAUGUAGAGGGUGGCUGGCCUAAAGAUAUAAAUGCAAAUGAUCUGGAACAUACCAUUCGUUAUAGGAAGAAAGUGGAAAAGGAUGAGAAUUAUGUCUACACACUCAUGCAGCUGGGUAGUUUAAUGGAGCACUGCAUCAAACAGAACAAUGCUAUCAAUAUUUAUGAGGAAUACUUUGAUGAUAAAGAGGAAUCCAUGGAAAGAUUCACAGAACCUUUAUCUGCAAAAACCAUAAAUGUUUUCAGUGACCCCAAUGAAAUUAAGCGGACAGUGUCUCAUCUCUCAUGGCAUCCAGAUCAAGGGCGAAAACUGGCAAUUUCUUAUUGUUGUCUGGAGUUUCAAAGAGCUGCUGACAAUAUGAGUUAUGAAUCAUACAUCUGGGACAUGGAAAAUACAAGUAAGCAUGAAAUGGUAAUAAAGCCAGUAUCUCCUCUUCUGUGUCUGGAGUACAACCCAAAAGAUUCUCACAUUCUGGCUGGAGGCUGUUACAAUGGACAAAUGGGAUACUGGGAUACACGGAAAGGAAGUCAGGCGGUUGAAAUUCCAACAAUCGAAGUUGGUCAUCGGGAUCCUGUGUACAAGAUUAUUUGGUUGCAAUCUAAGACGGGAACAGAAUGUUUUUCUGCUGCUUCUGAUGGACAGGUACUGUGGUGGGAUAUCCGGAAAUUGAGUGAACCUGUAGAGAGACUCAUUCUGGACGUUUCAAAGAAAGAUGAUCCGGAUAUUGCAUAUGGAGCUGUUUCGCUGGAGUUUGAAAGCACCAUGCCAACCAAAUUUAUGGUAGGGACAGAACAAGGUGUCGUAAUAUUAGGAAAUCGAAAAGGAAAAGUCCCUGCUGAGAAGAUUGUGUCUACCUUCAGUGGCCAUCAUGGUCCAGUCUAUGCUGUCCAGAGAAAUCCUUUUUACCCAAAGAACUUUCUAACAGUUGGGGACUGGACAGCCCGCGUUUGGUCUGAGGACCUCCGGGACUCGUGCAUUAUAUCGACUAAAUACCACAUGUCCAACCUGACAGAUGGUUGUUGGAGCCCUGUAAGGCCAUCUGUUUUCUUCACAACUAAAAUGGAUGGCACUGUGGAUAUUUGGGACUUGUUGUUUAAACAUAGUGAACCAUCCCUCAGUGUUAAGGUGUGUGAUGAAGCUCUGUAUAGUUUGCGCAUCCAAGACAAUGGGCGAUUACUUGCCUGUGGUUCUCACCUAGGCACAACUACACUACUUGAGUUCUCAUCAGGUUUCUGUACUUACCAGAAAAAUGAAAAAGCACUUGCAAAUGCGUUGUUUGAGAGGGAGACAAAACGGGAGAAGAUUCUAGAAGCACGUCAACGUGAGUUACGUGUAAAAGAACGUGCUAAAUCUGAACAAGGAAAGGUCGUGGAAAACAAAGAAGUAGAUGAGGAGGAGACUAUUGAAUACAAAAUUGCACAAGCAGAGAACGCAUUCUUUGAAACUAUUGAGCAAGAAAGAGCAAGAUUUGAAGUGGAGCCAGAAAAAAUGGACCAACAGGAAAAGGAGACAUCAGAGGAUGAAGGUGAUGAGACGGAUGAGUACUAAUUGGAGAAUGCAAUUUGAGUCUGCAGUAUCAACUGAAUAAAUUAAUUCAUUUUGUGUAAUUAUUCAAAGAACAGCCAACAUCCAGAAGAUCAACACCUUGAAACUGUGUACAGAACAACCUCGAUAAUCCAAACAAUUCGGGUGGGGCGUAUUUUGUUCGGAUUACUGAGAGUUCAGAUAACUGAUUGUUCGGAUAAUGGAUAGUGUUUUUAUGGUACCUUGAGAUCUUGUUCAGAUAAUCUGAAAUUCAGAUAAUUGUUGUUCAAAUAAUCAAGGUUGUUCUGUAUUGAUAUUUGGACAUUAGAUGCACCUAUUUUCAUAGUUUCAUG